UAAGUACUUCAUGUGAUUUUAGCGGUUUGUCUCACUUUUUGAGUUUGCUUUCAGAGUUCUUUUUUACUCUUAAAAUGGCUCAAGGAAUGGUAUUUGAAGAUAUAUUCAAUGUGAAAGAUAUAGAUCCAAAUGGCAAACAAUUUGACAGAGUGAGCCGUUUGCAUUGCGAGAGCGAAUCGUUCAAAAUGGAAUUGAUCUUGGAUAUCAACUCGUGGAUUUAUCCGAUGGAUUUGGGUGAUAAAUUUCGACUGGUGUUGGCCACGACGUUACGCGAGGACGGACAGCCGGACGCGGGUGAUUGGAAUCCCAUCGAAAUGGAUCAGAACGGUUGUCGGGCCGACAGUUUCGAGUACGUGAUGUACGGGAAGAUUUAUCGCAUCGACGGCGACGACAAGGUGAAAGAGUCGCACAAAAACAAACUUGCAGCGUACGUGUCAUUCGGAGGAUUGUUGAUGCGACUAUUAGGCGACCCGAACAAUUUACACGGAUUCGAAGUGGAUCAAUGCGUAUACUUGUUAAUGAAGAAAUUAGCGUUUUAAUGUUUAAUACAUGUAUCACGUUGAAGUUUAUUUUGUCGUAAUUUCAAAACGGGCGAACCUAUCAAAAGACUUUUGUAAACAUAUUUUACUUUACACGUACACGGUUAAGUAAUAAAGAAUUUUUAAUACAUAAAUCAUA